CUCAGUAACCACUGUCUUAAGCAAUUGUUGUCUACACCAUUCUCCCUUUCAAGAACACACCAGAAACAAUCAUCACCUCCAUCAUCAUGUUGAAGCCACAGCUUCAUCAAUCCCCAUCUGCCUCCCCAGCCUUGGUCCCAUUAAGCAAGCCGUCUAGCCAAGCCAAUGGCGGGAUCGCAAUUUUACCGGCGCAGUCCGCGCCUGCGCUCCAAAAGAGCCCUAGAAGCGCUCAAGUGGGGAUUGCAUCAAGUACGAUUCAAGCGGUUGCCAGCCCAAGCACUGUCGAGAGGUCUACGUUAGUUAAAGCGACAGUGACCGUGAAACCCAGCACCGGCGGGUUCUUCUCGGAACUCGGGAUAAGCGGAGGGCUCGAUAAAAUUACCGAUUUGAUGGGGAAAACGCUCCUCUUGGAGCUUGUUAGUGCAGAGCUUGACCCCAAGACGGGACAAGAGAAGGGGACAAUCAAAGGGUACGCAUACAAGAAUGGCCAGGACCACGAGGAGGUGACGUAUGAGUGCAAGUUCGAGGUCGGAGAGGAGUUCGGGGAGGUCGGGGCGAUCUUUGUGGAGAACGAGCACCACAAGGAGAUGUACCUCAAGGACAUCGUCCUCGACGGGUUCACGGAUGGCCCUCUUAGCAUCAGUUGCAACUCUUGGGUUCACUCCACUCAUGAUAACCCACAGAAGCGAGUCUUCUUCACCAAUAAGUGCUAUUUACCAACCGAAACGCCAAGUGGGCUCAGAAGACUGAGAGAGGAGGAGCUGGCAACCCUGCGAGGGACUGGCCAAGGCGAGAGAAGUCCCGAGAGGAUAUACGAUUACGAUGUGUACAAUGACCUGGGGAAUCCAGACAGCGACGCAGAUAAGAAGAGGCCAGUGCUUGGAGGCAAAGAGCUCCCCUACCCUAGACGAUGCCGGACAGGGCGCCCUCGGAGCAAGACCGAUCCACAGUCGGAAUCGAGGAGCGGGAGCAUAUACGUACCUCGAGACGAACAAUUCUCGACGAUAAAGCAACUGACGUUUUCGGCGAAGACAGUGUACUCGGUGGUGCACGCACUGAUCCCGUCGCUAGAGACGGCAAUAGUCGACUCCGACCUAGGGUUCCACUUCACCACCAUCGACGAGCUCUUCAACGAAGGCAUCAACUUGCCCCCGUUGCAGAAGCAAGGUUUCCUCAAGGACCUCUUCCCUCGGCUCGUCAAAACCAUCACUGAUGCCUCCGAGGAUGUUUUGCGCUUCGAAACCCCUGAAACCAUGAUCCGUGACAGAUUUUUUUGGUUUAGUGACGAAGAGUUUGCUCGUCAAACACUAGCGGGAAUUAAUCCCUAUGCGAUCCAGUUGGUCACGAAAUGGCCCUUGAGGAGCGAGCUUGACCCUAAGAUCUAUGGCCCACCCGAAUCAGCCAUCACAACAGAGAUCAUUGAAAGGCAAAUCAAGGGCUACAUGACAGUAAAUGAGGCCAUGGAGCAAAAGAAGCUGUUUAUGCUGGACUACCACGACCUGUUCCUACCAUACGUGAACAAAGUGAGGCAGCUCGAGGGGACAACUCUGUACGGGUCGAGAAUGCUCUUCUUCUUGACCCCAGAUGAGACGUUGAAGCCACUCGCCAUCGAGCUCACACGACCGCCGACCGACGACGGGAAGCCGCAAUGGAAGCAGGUGUUCGUCCCAUCGUGCCACUCCACUAGUAUGUGGCUCUGGCGGCUCGCCAAGGCCCAUGUCCUCGCCCACGACUCUGGGCACCACCAGCUCGUCAGCCACUGGUUGCGGACUCAUUGUGCUACAGAGCCCUACAUAAUAGCAACAAAUCGGCAACUGAGCGAGAUGCAUCCGAUCUAUAAGUUGCUACACCCGCACUUCCGGUACACGAUGGAGAUCAAUGCGCUGGCCCGCGGGUAUCUGAUCAAUGGUGAUGGCAUCAUCGAGAGCACCUUCUCUCCCGGCAAGUACUCCAUGGAGCUCAGCGCCGUGGCCUACGACAAGCAGUGGCAAUUCGACUUACAAGGCUUGCCCAAUGACUUGAUUAGCAGAGGGUUGGCAGUGGAGGACCCAACGGCACCGCAUGGCCUCAAGCUAGCGAUCGAGGACUACCCCUUCGCCAACGACGGCCUCCUCUUGUGGGACGCCAUCAAGGAGUGGGUCACCAACUACGUCAAUCACUACUACCCCGACCCGAGCCGCAUCGCAUCGGACAAGGAGCUCCAAUCCUGGUGGACUGAGAUCCGGACCGUCGGCCAUGGCGACAAGAAAGACUCCCCUGGGUGGCCCGACCUCAAGAUCCCAUCGGACCUCAUCCACAUUAUCACCACCAUAGUCUGGGUGUCCUCCGGCCACCACGCUGCUGUCAACUUCGGCCAGUACACCUACGGCGGCUAUUUCCCGAACCGGCCCACCAUUGCCCGAACCAAGAUGCCCAUCGAGGACCCGACGGAAGGAGAGCUCAAGAUGUUCUGGGACAAGCCCGAGGUCGCGCUCCUCACGUGCUUCCCAUCGCAGAUCCAGGCGACAAAGGUGAUGGCAAUCCUCGACGUGUUGUCGAACCACUCUCCGGAUGAGGAGUACCUGGGGCAGGAUCCGGAACCGGCAUGGAAGGAGGAGCCGAUGAUAAACGCGGCGUUUGAGAGGUUCCAUGGGAGGCUGAAGGAGCUUGAGGGCAUCAUCGACGCGAGGAACACUGACCAAAGGUUUAAGAAUCGGAGUGGAGCCGGGAUCGUGCCGUAUGAGCUCUUGAAGCCGUUCUCCGAGCCCGGCGUGACCGGGAAGGGAGUUCCAUACAGCAUUUCCAUUUGAGGAAACGAUAUUUCGCGGCAGUGGCAAUGGUGUCUGCUGAUAAAAACACCUUUCUUUUCAUUUUGUAGAAUAAGAGGAGUGCGGCAUAUGCCGAUGUUAAUGUGAUCAUCCUAAUUUGUGGA